GUGUGUAUAAAGACUGGCACUCAGAAGUGUUUGUUUCUAGUUUUCGAGAAGCUGUAAGUAUCGGGAGGUUCAUAUGGGCUUUGUUGGCCUGAACUAAAGCCAGGCUGUCACUAAUUUAUCUAUGUGUGUGCAAGAUAAAGAUUUGGAUCUUCAUUAAUGAAGAUGGCAGAUGGAGAUGGAGACACAGACGAAGUGAUACAUCUUGGUAGCUUCCGUAGGCAUCGUGGCAAAGAUGGGAAAGAACGUACCGACUUACUCAUUACAAUAGUAGAUGAUUCUGAUGAUUCUUCACCUUACAAGAUGACAAAUGUAUCCAAAGUGGAAGAGGAAGACGAAGAGGAUGAUGAUGAUGACAGUGUGAUUUUGGAGUCCACAAAACUGCAGCAUUCUUUUUCGAAUGUGAUCCGUCCUGCUGCUAAAUGGAAUGGCCUUCAAUCUGAAGACUGCGCUCGUCUGAGUGAUAAGCAUCUGCCUUUUCAUAAGCACUCCCUGGACAGUAUUGUUGAAUUGCCUAGUGCUAUAAGUGGUGAAGCUACUCAGAGUGCAGCACCUUCUUCAGCCCACAAUGUGCCUAAACAGUUACCUCUUCAGGAGAAAGACCUUGCAAACCAUUCCCUUGGUUUUGGACCUGCUACACCUGACAAUACAGAGACUUUAGUUGGUUUUGCAUCCAAGUCACUACUUUAUCCAAUUACCAAGCCACUGUUUCCUCCGAUUGUUGCAGAGUUGCCUUUAGAUGCCACAGAUCUGCAGGAGCAAAGUCAUCCGUCUCUUCAACAGCAGCUUGCGGGGCAAGACACUUUAACUACUGUUGUAGCUGCCAUCACCUCUAUGCCUGCUGAAAAUGUGACUAUUACUCCAGAAAAGCUGAAACGAAAGAAUGGUUCACAUGCAGUACAGUUUGAAGAAUGUUCCACAUCAGUAGCUAAAAAGGAAAUCCCCCUCAUAGUGUUAGAUGACGAUGCACUUCCUGGUCCAUCUGUACCAAAAGGCAAGGAACUUGAUGAGGACACAGUACAAUUACUGUCAACUGAAACGAUCAUCCACUUUCCGGAUAUUGAAAGGAGGUUUUUAGAAAAUUUCAUAAGGAGCCAUAAUUUGACAGACGUUGAGAAAAUUUGUGCUAUUUUGCGUUCACAUCCUAAUUAUCCAAAGAAUAACUGCCUUGACCAAAACAAUGAAAAGCCACAGGUAAUUUGUGAAACGAAUUUUCACAAAGCAUCUCAACCAGAGAUUUUUCCCAAUGGUAAAACAUCCCCACAUGAUCAAACAAAGAAUCCUGUCCUUGUUUUGAGGAGAAGAAUGCUUGAAGAUCGUCACAGAAUUACAGAGGCAAAGAACCUCAGUAAUGUUGAUGUUAACCAUAAUUCAAUACCUGCAUCAACAGCAAUCCCUGUGUCCCCUCAUGUACCAAAAAAUACAGGCGACUCUAAAACAUCCACUUUGGCUCUGGCAGCAGAUGAUGAGAUUCCAGGUCCAUCCAUUCUAAAUAAACUGGCCAAGAAUGAUGGUGGUGAUGAGGAGGAAAAUGGUGCUUUUGGUUAUGACCAUGAACUUAACAGGUCACUAAUAAAAGAAACAGCAGAGCUCUUUCCUGAUGUAGAUGUGUCCUUUGUUGAAGACCUCAUUCAGAUGCAGGGAUUUACUGAUUUGAAUGAAAUUUGUGCUCAUUUGCUUGCAUAUAAUAAUUAUCCAAAGAACAUGCUCCUUGACCAAAAUGAUACAAAGCAGCCACUUCGCCGGAAUGUUAUCCGCCCAGCAAGCCCCUGGACAAGUCUUCCCUCUGGGGAAAGAGUUGCAAAAGAUCAAAAACCGAGACAGUUACAGCCUUUUGGAAGAAGAAUACUCAUUGCACGACGAAGAUUUUCAAGGAACACCAAUGUAGAGGAUUCUUUUGAUCCAACUGAUAAAGGCAAUGAGAGUGCUACACCUUCUACUUCUGCAGAACCUACUGUAUUUAUUGAAGAAAAUUCGCUGAAUAGAUCGGAUGAUGACAGAACAGCUUUUGCAGUGGCAACAGAUGAUGAGAGACCAGGACCUUCCACUCCAAAUCGGCAGCCCAGUGAUGAAAAAGAUUAUUCUUUUGGACAUGACCUUUUAAGUUCCUUAGUAAAAGAAACAGCCAGGCUCUUUCCCGAUGUUGAAAAUGCAUUUAUUGAAAACCUUGUUAAGGAACAUGGGAUGACCGAUUUGAAUGAGAUUUGCAAUUAUCUCUUGGAAAUUCCAGACUAUCCAAGAAAAGAGCCAUCUGUGAUGCAAACCUCAAGUACACUUUUUGAAACUGUUGAAGAGAAAACUGCAAGUCACAAUUUGUUUGACUUUAUAAAUUUGGAAGUUGUCGAUCAGUACACACAAAUUCAAGCUGCUGACCUUCUCAUGGCUGACUUCAAAAUGCUAAAUAGUCAAGAUAUCAAAUGGGCUCUUCAUUCUUUUAAAGGACACUAUGCAAUUACCCGCAAGGCCUUAUCUGAAGCAAUUAAGAAGUGGCAAAGAACACCUUCUGAAGAUGAAGCAAAACCAAAGAGAAGGAAAAAGAUGAAUUCACAUUCAUUCAUGGACUUCAGUUUUACAAAUGGCGCUGUUACAUUUCAGAGGCGUAUGUAUUUUUUGGAAAAUAAGAGGCGGUACUGGAAAUCGUAUAAUAGAAAAUCUUUGCAUCCAUCAUUACAAAAAGAAAUUGCCUUUUAUGAACAAAAACUAAAAGAAAAAGCAGAGCAUGAAGAUUUCUUGCUUGCUUUGCAAGUGAAUGAGGAAGAAUACCAGAAGGAUGGCCAGAUGAUUGAAUGUCGUUGUUGUUUCGGAGACUUUGCAUUUGAAGAGCUCACACAGUGUGUUGAAGGACAUCUCUUCUGCAAGGAAUGCUUAGUGAAGUAUGCUCAAGAGGCAGUGUUUGGUUCAGGAAAGUCAGAACUUAGCUGCAUGGAGUCAAACUGUACCUGUUCAUUUCCAACAAGUGAGCUUGAAAAGGUGCUUCCAGAGAACAUUCUUCAAAAAUACUAUGAAAGACAAGCAGAGGAAGCAAUUGCAGCAACUUGUGGAGAAGAACUUGUCUGGUGCCCCUCUUGCAACUUCCCUGCUUUGUUGGAUAAGGAGGCAUUAAUGUUCAGUUGCCCUAAUCCCCGCUGUCGAAAGGAAUCCUGUCGGAAAUGCCAAAUACAAUGGAAAGAUCAUAUUGAUCUGACGUGUGCCGAGGUUGCAGAGAAAGAUGAAAUCCGAAUAAGAGUUGCAUUUGAAGAGAAGAUGACUGCUGCCAGAGUGAGAAAGUGCCAUAGUUGUGGUACAAGCCUUGUCAAAUCAGAGGGAUGCAAUCGAAUGUCCUGCCGCUGUGGUGCCCAUAUGUGUUAUAUCUGUCGAGCCCCAAUAAGUGGCUACAAUCACUUUUGUCAACAUGCACGAACUCCUGGAGCACCAUGCCGAAUCUGUUCAAAGUGUUCUCUUUGGUCAGAUCCUACACAAGAUGAUGAACGGAUAAUCCAUGAACUUCAACAAGAAGCAGAAGAGGAGCUGAAAAAGAAAUUGCCAGAUCAAAAUGUUAAACGGGUUGGGCCACCACCAGAAGAGAUUCCCAAUAAUCUAGAGCCAGCUCCUUUCCACAACAUACAGGAGGAAAUGAGGCAGCAUCAACCGCAGCAGCCCCCUCCAUUCCUGCCGCUGCCACCACCUGUGCUGUUCGCCCACAUGCCACACCAGCGAUUUAAUAUGCCAUUGCAUUUCCAGCCCAUUCCUGCACCUUAUGUUCCUCCACUGCCUAAUCAGCAGAUAAAUUUUGAUUUUCCCAAUAUGAAUAUGGACCUCAACUUGCCUAUGCACUAUGGGCCCCAUCCUCCUCAUUUCAGGCCUUUAUAGAAAAAAAAUAAAAAUAUACAUGUAUAUUACCUGAUCCCAAGUGAUUCUCUAAUUCAGAUUUUGAACCUGUAGAUUAAGGUUUGUCCCAAAAAUAGUCAUUAUGACAGUUAAGAAGUGAAUUUUAUUUGGUGAAAGACUUGCCAUGAGCUGACAUAAUGUUCGUUCAUUAGACUGAAAUUGUGAUGUGCCUAAAACUAUAAGAUCUGUUUCUAUCUCGUCUGUAAACCACAACUGGAGAAAAAGACAAGUUCAGUUGGGUUUUACAUUUUGUUCCUGGAGACGCAAAUGACGAGAGUCAUUUGUUUUGUUUUAUAAUUUUUCAAAAAUUUUAUGAUGUGUUGCAAAUCAACUCUUCCCUUCCUUGAAAGAAAAGUAUAUAUAUUUAAAAGCUUCAUUUUUGUAAAUAAAUAUUUUGGGUCAUUCUUUUGAAAAAAAUGUUUUGUUUUUUUUUUGGGUGGUGGGUCAGUAGAUGCCUGGCACGAGGUCUUCAUGCUUCUUGCUGGUCGUCUUCAUUUUUUUGCCAGUGUUGCAUUUCUGAAAAUAAACACCUUUUGUAUCUUC